GUAUCGUACUGAAACAAUGGAGUUCGUGAAAGGAGAUAAAGUUGAAGUCUGCAGCAAAGAAGACGGUUUCUUGGGUUCUUACUUCGCUGCCACGGUACUGUCGAAGACUCCCGAUAGAUUCGGAUCCUCCUACUACAAAGUUAAGUACAAGAAUCUUGUGUCGGAGGACGACGAAUCUAAACGCUUAAUCGAAGUCAUCUCUGCCGAGGAACUUCGUCCGAUGCCUCCCAAAUCUCUCCCCGUGGUAUUUUGCAGACAAGACAAGGUCGAUGCUUUCGACAAAGACGGGUGGUGGGUCGGAGAGGUCACCGGUCGGAAAAGAGACUUGUACUCCGUUUACUUUGCGACGACAGGUGAGGAGCUCGAGUACCCACUUUACUAUCUGAGAAGGCAUCUCGAAUGGGUUGACGGGGACUGGGUUUCUUCUGCAACAAGGCAAUAA